GUCGUUACCAAAGUAUCUGUAUUUGCACUAAAGAAAGUUCAUGAACAAUUUUUGAAAGUGUCUAACGCGACUUCAGAAAAUCUGUUACAACCUUGUAGUGGUACAUUCACGUUAUCAAUGGGUCUUCCUUGCUCUCAUACAAUUCAGAUGUAUCUCACCAACAAUCAGUGCUUGCAACUUACCGAUUUUCAUCAACAUUGGUGGCUUCAAAGAUACCAAUUGCCUCCACAAGCACCAACUGAAACUGAAGAUCCUUUGCGACAGCGGUGGCAAGAAUAUAACCAGCAAUUUGAAUCUUGGCCAGCUCACCAACAAAUAGCAGCUCUAGAUGAAAUGUCAAGUUUGUUCCAAGAGCCAGCUAUGAUCGUGCAAAACCCGCAG